GGAGCCUUCUCAUAGGUGGGAACUGCAGGAACGAGGAGAUCGGGAAGAGUCCUGGCGGGUGAGGUGAGGGUCGAGGGGCUGCCACUCCUCGGAAGCGCCUAGCUUCAGGAGGCUGGGACGUGACCAACCCCGUGCCUGCCGAGAGGUGAACGCCUGGUCUUCAGAGUGGAAUUGGACUUAUUGUUGAAGCUUGUUUUCUCAGCCCGGGCAAAUUUUUACAUUUUAAUACUUUUUUGUUACGAUGGCAAUGGCUUCCAUUCACAAAUUACUUACUGGCACUUACAUUCAUAGAAAUUUCCUGAGGCCAAGGGUUGCAUUACCUCCAUUUGUGGGUAAUCACUUUGUAGACUAUUCUUCCAGUAGUCUUCAGAAAAAAGUGGCUUCUGUUGACAGAGCCUCCCAGCAGGGAAAGACUGAAGAGGGUUUGCAAGGGCACGACCGCGAAGAAGCUGCUUUGGAUGCACCUUCUCCUGACAGGACACCUGAAGUCAGUUUUGAUAAAGCAAUUAGAGAUGAAGCAAUAGAACAUUUAAGACGUUUGAAGGAUGAAAUUGUGGCUCAUUUGAGAGGCCCAGACGGCCGCCCACUACAAGAGGUCAUAAUGGAACAAGCCAGGGUUGUCUGGCAGUUUCGUGAGAAAGAAGAUUUGGAUAAGUGGAUAGUGACUUCUGAUAAGACAAUCGGAGGUAGAAGUGAAAUAUUCCUGAAAAUGAGCAAGAACAACCGAAGCGCCCUGCUUUAUGGAACUCUGAGCUCUGAGCCUCCUCAGGAUGGGGACAGUAGACAAAGUGGAUACUGUGCCAUGAUCUCCAGGAUUCCCCGGGUAGGUGUGGCCUGUUCUCAGCAAGACACGGAGUUUAUCCAGAGAAAAAAUCAGAUGUACAGUUACUUCAUGUUCACCCGUGGGGGACCCUACUGGCAGGAAGUCAAGAUUCCUUUCUCCAAAUUUUUCUUUUCAAAUCAAGGAAGGGUACGAGAUGUCCAAGGCCCACUCGUAUUGGACAAGAUCUCUUCUAUAGGAUUCACUCUGUCUGAUAAGGUGGAUGGACCAUUCUUCCUGGAAAUAGAUUUCAUUGGUGUGUUUACUGAUCCAGCCCAUACAGAAGAAUUUGCUUAUGAGAAUUCUCCUGCUCUUAACCCAAGACUCUUCAGAUAGAGAACUGGGGACGUCAGUAGAGUAGUGGUCACAAAGCAGACAGAGCCUUUCUGUCUACCCGACCCCUCUCGUAGUACUUACUUAAGACGGUAAGUCCAGCAUGGCCUCUCAGUGGUGUCUCCUGGAAGUUCUUCUGAGUGCUUAUGUAAAGAUAAAAUCAAAGGAAGUGUACUGAAAACAAAAAUAAAGCCUUUCUGCCUACCA